GCCCUCUCCGACCCACUGGGACCCUGAGACCAGGACCCCUCCGACCCACCGGGACCCCGAGACCGGGACCCCUCCAACCCACCGGGCACCGGGACCCCUGGGCGUCGGGACCCUUCAACUCACAGCCCUCAGCACCCUGAGCCCUGGGACCCCUCCGACCUCUGACACCAGGAUCCCCUCCCACUCCUACGUACUACCACCGGACACCGGGACCCCUCUGACCCACCAGGCCCUGGGACCCCAUGGCUGGGACCUCUUCCACCCACCGGGCACCGGGACCCCCAGUACUGGCACCCCUGGGCAUCAGGACCCUUCAACCCACCGGGGACCACUGGGUGCCGUGGCCCCAGGACCCUCAGCACUGGGACCCCUGACACUAGGAUCCCCUCCCACCCCUACCUAGCACCACCGGACACCGGGACCUCUCCGACCCCCAGGCACUGAGACCCCAUCCUGAGGAGCGGGGUGAUGCCCCAUGUCCCCUACCCGGUGUCUUUCCGGUGCUGGCCACCCAGACCCCAUUUCCCACUCUGCGCCCAGACCUGGUUCCCACCCAGCGGAUCCUCAGGCUCUGCUCCCAGCACCCUGACUGGGAAUCCUGUCCUGGGCACCCAUGGUGCUGUAUUCCAGCCUACACGUCACCCAGCGCUAUGGUUUUGUGGGGAAUGCCUGCAGCCCUGCCUGCAAGUGCCAUCUCCUCUCUGCCCACUCUGCCGCAUGCCCUUCGACCCCAAGAAGGUGGAGAAGGCUUCCAGUGUGGAGAAACAGCUUUCAUCCUACAAAGCUCCCUGCAGAGGCUGCAACAAGAAGGUGACACUUGCGAAGAUGCGCUCUCACAUCUCGUCCUGUGCGAAGGUACAGGAGCAGAUGGCCAACUGCCCCAGAUUCGUUCCAGUUGUCCCCACUUCCCAGCCUAUCCCCAGCAAUAUUCCCAAUCGCUCAACAUUUGUGUGCCCAUACUGCGGGGCCCGGAACCUGGACCAGCAGGAGCUGGUGAAGCACUGCAUGGAGAACCACCGCAACGACCCCAACAAAGUGGUGUGCCCAGUCUGCUCAGCCAUGCCCUGGGGGGACCCCAGCUACAAAAGCGCCAACUUCCUCCAGCAUCUCCUCCACAGGCACAAGUUUUCCUAUGACACCUUUGUGGACUAUAACAUUGACGAGGAGGCAGCGUUGCAGGCUGCCCUGGCACUGUCACUCUCUGAGAACUGAGGGUGACUGUAGAGCAUCGGUUUGGACCUCCCUCACACCCUGUCUUCUUUUGCACACUCAGCCUUCCUGCUGGGGAGGCACGGAGCUCGUCAGCCCCCCGGAGACCCACCGCCACCUCUCUUCUCUCUCCUCUCUGGGCAAACCCCACCUUGUUUAGGAAGGUGGAGUCUCUUUAGCAUCAUAGUGAACUGGUGAGUGAGCAGAGACAUCCGCUGCUAGGAGGAGAGAGGAGUUGGUGCCGAAGGGCUGGGAUCGUUCCUCAGUUAGGCAUUUCAUAUCCGUAUACGGAGUAUAUACCUGUAUCCAGAUAUAUUUAUUAUUAGAUGCUUUUUGGCACCAUUUGUCUUCAUGCUCUCUUGUUGCAAUUGAAUAGGUACGUAAAACUAUGAUGCAUUUUAUGCAGAAAUGCCCUAGUUUGAAACUGCAGUCAUCCAUGUCCUUUUUGAAAAGGAAGACAACGGCACGGAGCAUCUUUUUUUAAACUCUACAAGGCUAUUUCCAGAGAUGUCAGUCUGUCCCGUCCCCGUGCUGCAGGCUGGAGCUGCCUCCUUUGCCGCCUGCUGCUGCGCAGGCCAGGUUGAAUUCCAGGGCGAGACAGUUGUCCUCGUGUGUCCCGUGACAACAACGGGUUUGGAGGAUUCUGUGGCAAUGGCAUCUGGCAUCCGGUGAAACUCUCACCUUCCUCGUUUUGUACCGGCUCUUGUGAUACUGAGUUCUUGCAUUUUUCUACAUUAAUCGGCGUGAUGCCUUUUCCACGUUUUAUAGAGCGGGAACAGAAGCUGUUACUCUUCACACUGCAAUAUCCAUCACUGGGGACAAGGGUAUUUUUAUGGAACAUUAUUAAGAAAGUAUAUUUUUAAAAAAAAAAACCCAAACAGAUGAACGUGCUGUGGAUUUGAAAUCGGGUGGGAGGCAGGAGCUGGACCCCAUGCGUUUGGGGUGUCCUCUUUGGAUAUUUCUGGGCCAUUCCCCUCCCCUGUCAGUGUGUUUCUCCGCAGGCAGGUGGUGAUGCAGGAGAGGAUGGGUCAGAGCAGCAACUUGUUGGCUGGAGGAGCAGGUGAGGAGUCGCUUGCCAGGCUGCCUUUUUUAGGAGGAGCAGUCUUGCUUGUGUUCUCCGAGGGUCACUGAGCUGACGGUGCUCUCUGAGCUGCUAAUCCUUUCCGCAAUGUGUGGUCAGUCUUGGGAUGGUUUAGUUUUGCAGGCAGAGCUCUGCAACAGUGCUGGACGUGGCUGCAGGCAGGAUGUAAUCUGGAGUGGUGGUUUUCCGUCUGUGUUUGUGCAGCAAAGGAGCAGGCAGGUUAAUUGUGGCAAGCUGGUGAUGGGUGUGUGGGCAGGACAUCUGCCGAUGCAAGAUCCCAUCUCAGUGCUGAGCAUCUCAUCCUCUGAAACAGGGGAUUGCAUCUCCCCUUCCCAGGUCUCUGUCUGGGAAUAGGGCACACCUGGGCAGAUGUUGAUGCUCUGUAGCAUCCUGGUGACCUGUUCCCCUGGUCCCCUUCCUCUCUGCAUGUCCCUGCUCGGAGAAGUGCCCUUGUGUGGUUUAUCUGAGACAUGGCUCCAGCUCCAGCUCUGCUCUAGCAAUACUGUCUUGUUUUUUACUUUUGGUUUAAAUAGUAUGAGGUGCUUUGGAGGCUGUGAGCCUGUUGUGCCGCCAGCCCUACAAGGAGCGUGCAGACCAUCUGCUCCACUGGCAGAGGGAAGGGAAAGGGCUGGAGCUGCUCUGCUCACCUCCCUAGAGCCAGGCUAGGGAGGUGCACAGCAUUGCUGGCACCUGCCAAGACCAGGAAUUUCCCUGUCAGGAUGGAGAGCACUGGCAUCUCGCAGAAGGGACCCCAGAGGGUUUCCCUAUCCGGCCUUCAGCCAGUACCUGGGUUCACAGAGCAGCCUCCGUCAGAGCUCUCACUUGCAGGAAGCUCCUCGCCUCUGGGACAGCGCUAUUAACUUCUUUCUCUUUCCUCCUCCUUUUUGCCCCACAAUGCCAGAGCAGGGGCAGAAACAGCUGCUUUUGUAAAGCACUUUACGGCCCUGGUUGUGAGGGCGCAGGCAGGCGCUGUGCUGCACAGGCAGCCUCUCCCUCUUCCCACUUUGCACAGGGUGAGGUCCGGCUUUGCCCGCUGCCAGCCAGGCUGUGCUGGGGAUCCCACCAUGCAGCCGGCCGUGCUUUUCUGUGUGUUACCUGCGACUUUUUGCAUAACUAGAACUUUUAAUGAGACGUACUGUUUUUUGAAGAAAAAUAAUAUCAAUGACAUAUUUGUAGCAAACCAUUUUUUCUCAAUAAAGGCAGUUUCAUCCA